AUGUCCGAAGACCCUCCCAUUCUUCCACCCUCGACUCUCGAGAUCACGGAGCUAUCCUCAAUCCUCAAAAUCCACAAAACCCCCUACGAUCAACUCCCAAACCCACGACGAGUCUGGAACGGUCCCCCAAACUCGCACGCCGAAGGUCUAGGCCGACUCAUAAUCCUAACACCAGACAUCGUCCGCAACGCUGCAGCAUCCUGUAUUCGCACCGGCACACGAAUCUCUCUUGGCUGGGAUCUGACAAAACUCGAGAUCGCAAACUUCAAUCGUCAGCCGACACAACAUCAUGUUCUGCCUAUCAUGGGUGGGAUCGCGUUUGAUGAUUUGUAUAUAAUUAAUCCGCAACAGUCUAGUCAGUGGGACGGACUAAGGCAUUUUGCUGCUCCUUCUUCUUCAGCGACGACCGAAGCUGGCGAACCGUCAUCCUCCUCGCCGAGAUUGUUUUAUGGUGGUGUAUCAGCGGCCGAGAUUACAGAUCGAAAUAAUACGCGCAUAGGGCUUCAACACUGGGCGAAGGAAGGUAUAUGCGGACGCGGCGUGCUGCUCGAUUAUGUGACAUAUGCAGAGAGACAUGGCAUCACUUAUUCCACAUUCUCUGAUCAUUCAAUCUCCCUGGAUGUAUUGAAAGAUGUAGCGAGGGAACAACAUACCGAAUUCAAAUUCGGAGAUAUACUCUUCGUACGGAUAGGAGUUACGCGGGAAUGGGAUACGCAAAUGACAAGCGAGGACAAGACUGCGUACGGCAAAACGCGCAGUCCUCAGCAUGCCGGCGUUGAGGGUACAGAGGAGAUGUUGCGUUGGAUCUGGGAUACGGGGUUUGCAGCUGUUGCUAGUGACGCGAUAUCAUUCGAAGUCUACCCUCCCAAAGAGACCUAUUCCCGUGUAACUGGAGAAGUAAAAGGUGUUUUUAUGCAUGAAGUGCUGCUGGCUGGUUGGGGAAUUCCCAUCGGCGAGCUAUUUGAUUUGGAGGAUCUAGCUCGCAUAUGCGAAGCGGAGAAUAGAUGGGAGUUCUUCGUGUCUAGUGCUCCUUUCAACAUGCCUGGAGGAGUGAGCAGUCCUCCGAAUUGUAUAGCCAUAUUUUGA